ACUAUGACGAAUUUCACCAGGAGUGGGUUUCUCCUCAUGGGGUUUUCUGCCAAGCCUGAGCUAGAAAUCUUCUAUGCUUGUCUGUUCCUCGUUCUCUACUUGUUGGCUCUAACUGGCAACAUGCUCAUCAUCACCACCACGUCCCUGGAUGACAGUCUCCAGUCCCCCAUGUAUUUCUUCCUGAAGCAUCUCUCCCUUCUGGAUCUCUGCUACAUUUCCGUGACUGUGCCGAGAUUCAUCUACAACUCUUUCAUGCACAGUGGAAAUAUUUCCCUCUGGGAAUGCAUCGUGCAGUGCUUUGUUAUCGCCCUCUGUGCUGUUGCCGAGAUGGCCAUGCUCACAUUGAUGUCCUAUGACCGCUACGUGGCCAUCUGCCUGCCCCUGCACUAUGAAAUCGUCAUGGAUGUCAGAACCUGUGUCCAUGGGGUUGCCGGCGUGUGGGUCAGUGGGACCAUCUCUGGAGUCAUGCAUGUGGCGGCUACUUUCUCCAUCCACUUCUGUGGUCCCCGCAUCAUUCACCAGUUCUUCUGUGACAUCCCCCAGAUCCUCAGACUCUCCUGCUCCAAUGAGUAUCUGGGUGAUUUGGGAGUCACUGCAAUUGUGACUGUUCUAUCAUUUCUUUGUUUCCUAUUUAUUGGGUUCUCCUACGUGCACAUAUUCUCUUCAGUGCUGAGGAUGCCAUCUGCGGAGGGCAGAGCCAAGGCCUUUUCCACCUGCCUACCCCACCUUGUUGUUGUCAUCUUGUUUCUUUCCACAGGUGUCUUCGAGUUUCUCAAGCCUCACUCUGAAUCUCCAACUGCUUUGGACCUGUUCCUCACUAUUAUGUAUACAGUAGUUCCCCCAACAUUCAAUCCAAUCAUCUAUAGUCUGAGAAACAAAGCCAUAAAAUUAGCUCUGAGAAAGGUGUUUCAAAGAAAAGACGCACUUACUUCCAUUCGUUCAUUAUUGGGAGACAAUUUCAAUAUAUAA